GUGAGUCCAAUGCGUUUUCAUAGUAAGAUAGAGCCUAUUAAUACAUUAGUGAACACCUCUAUCGCCAAACAUUAACCCUAUUAUGUAAUGUUAAUAAACAUGUGUUUCAAGUGAUGUGAUAUCGACCGCAACGGUGACCACAAUAUCAUUAACCGCAAUAUGACUUACAAUCAAUGGCUCACUUCAAUUCAGUUAAUCCCGUUGUCCAUUGGAUUGUUGGUCACAAUUAUAACAUUUCUAACCAUUAAAUGGUUAAACAAGAGACACAAUAAGACAUGUAAUGACCGCAUCAUAAGUGCCACCGAUUGCCAAACAAAGACGUGUCGUAUAUUAUAUGCCACACAAUCGGGAACUUCAAAGCGAUUAUCACAUGAAUUAAAGACAUUUUUGACAAAUCAAUUGCAAGAAGACAUACUCGACAAUAAUAUUCAAAUAAAUUUGAAACGUAUUGAUGACUACGAACCUGAAGACAAUCUGCUAUUAGAUGCGAAAAACAAAAAUGUCUUAAUCUUAAUCAUAUCGACCUAUUCUGGUGGCACUUCAACAUCUGAUGGCCAUUGGUUUUGUCAAUGGCUUCAGGACUUUGCUAAUGAUUUUAGAGUUGAUAAGUCAUCGCUUAAAGGUUUUAAUUAUGCCAUCUUUGGUAUCGGAGAUAAAGCUUAUGGACAAGACUUUUGUCUUAUUUCCAAAAAUAUUGAUCAAUGGUUCAGACAAUUAGAGGCCAUACCUAUUGUUCCCAUACAGUUGUCGGAUGUUAGCGAUUCAGAUGCUUUUAAUAGUCAGUAUACGCAAUGGAUGAGUAGAUUAUCAACAAAAUUGGCCACAAAAUCAUUUAUGUUUGAUGAAUACGAUUUAGAAGAUAAUAAAGUAGAGGAUUCAAGUGAUACAAAAUUGCUAGAUAUUGAAGACAUUAUGACUAAAAAAUCAAAUGAUAAUUCUGUACAAAAUGGUGUCAAAAAAGAUAUGAUAACAACUGAGUUAAGAAAAGAGUUGACAAAACAAGGAUAUCGUCUCAUUGGAACUCAUUCUGGUGUCAAACUUUGCCGAUGGACUAAAGCUAUGCUAAGAGGAAGAGGUGGUUGUUAUAAACACAGCUUUUACGGCAUUGAAUCGCAUCGUUGUAUGGAAACGACUCCAAGUCUUGCCUGUGCUAACAAAUGUGUCUUUUGUUGGCGACAUCACACCAAUCCUGUGGGAACCGAAUGGAAAUGGAGUUUAGAUGAUCCGAAAAUCAUCUUUGAAGGAGCCCUUUCAAAUCACUACCAAAUGAUCAAUGAAUUUAAAGGCGUUCCCGGAGUUCUUGAUCAUCGCUUGAAUGAAGCAAUGCAAGUGAGACACUGUGCCCUAUCACUAGUUGGUGAACCCAUUAUGUAUCCGCAUAUCAAUAGUUUCGUUGGUAUGCUUCAUAACAAACAUAUUUCAACAUUUCUUGUAACAAACGCUCAGUUUCCCGAUGCCAUCAAAAAUUUAGAUCCCGUGACACAACUUUAUGUGUCAGUUGACGCCAGUUCUAAGCAAAGUCUUAAGAGUAUCGAUCGGCCAUUAUUUAGGGACUUUUGGGAACGUUUUAAAGAUUGUUUGACUGCUCUUUCACUUAAAGGUCAGCGAACUGUUUAUCGGCUAACUCUUGUCAAGUCUUGGAAUGUCGACGAACUGGAAGGUUAUGCUUAUCUGAUUGGUCUCGGAAAUCCAGAUUUUAUUGAGAUUAAAGGCGUUACUUACUGUGGAACCGGUAAAGAUAAUCAACUAACGAUGGCUAACGUUCCCUUUCAUGAAGAAGUGCUUAACUUUUCAUAUGACUUAUUGAAACAUUUGAAUGAUAAAAGCGAUUUAAAGGUGAAAUACGGUAUGGCCUGUGAGCACAACCACUCCAACUGUGUCCUCAUCGCUAAUACUAAGUUCUUGAUAAACAAUCGAUGGCACACUUGGAUUGAUUACAACGCUUUCGAUCGUCUUAUACAAGAGUAUUAUGAAAGUAAUGGCACAAAAACUUUUUCAUCACUUGAUUACAUUGAGAUGACACCCGAUUGGGCUGUUAUCGGAUCUCAGGAAAGGGGUUUCGAUCCAAAUGACACCCGAUUUUAUAGGAAUCGAAAGAAUAAAUUAUAA